UUUCGUAAUGAAAUUUAUUCUGAGAGCAACGUAAUGGGAACGUAGUUCCCAUCAAUCGAGGAUAAGGAACAGAGGCUGUCCUAAGCCACCGAGGUGACGCAAUCCGAGUCGGCCGCCGACCCGCCGUCUGAAGCGGCGGCCUUUCGCAAGCAAACCUGUUUUCCAUCGAUUGCCCGGUUAGUUUGGACAUGGAAUCAGUAUUCAGCAAAAUGUAAAGACACCUAUCUACGUCAUAAUACAUGUAAAGUAUGUACAACCGCAGCGACCUACUUACACAAUCCGCCAUCUUCAUCACCUUUCUGUAGAAUACACUGUAUAUGUUCCAUAUAAAAUAAAUGGCCAAAUAAUUUCCAACACCAAUGUGUGGCCCUCUACACACAAUCUGUAUUAUCUUGAAAAAGGUCCUUCAGGUUAAAUGAUAAGUGCAAAAUAACGAACUUCACACAGUUGAAGUCAAACUGCUGUUAAAUAAAAAAAUGGCACCACGUCGCAAACGGGCCGCAGCAGCUUCUUCUAAGGCGUCUGCUGAGAAACCCGCCAAAAAAGCAAAGGUUGAGUCCACACCAGAAGAACCACAAGAUAGAGAUGGAAAUGGACCAACGAUUUUCAUCGAACACUGCAAGUCCUGAUCGGUGUUCAAACGCAAGGCUACACAGAUCCAUGCGGAACUAUGUGAACUUGCGCCAAAACAAGCUUUUAAUUUGGCACUAAAUGAAGAUGGUAAACCUCGUCGGGGAUCUUUCGAAAUAUUGGUCGCAAAAACUAAGAGUUCGGAGAAAACGCAAAUUUGGUCCGGUUUGAAGAAGGGUCCACCCAGGAAGGACAAAUUUCCAGAGGCGAAAGAAAUAUUAAGUGACAUCUUAAAGGCAGUAGAAUGAGAUUAUUCGAACGCAUUUCUCUAUAAUUUUGUUUAAAAAAUAUAUCGUCCUUUCAGUACAAAUAUCCGCUGUGUGAAAAUGUUAAGGGAAACCCAAGAGGGACUUUAAUAUUUGAAGUUUGCGGAUUGUACUUGAAUAGACGAAUAUUUUUUUGUCAAAACUUCAACCUGUUAAUUGUUACCCGAGAAUAAAUGUCAGUAAGUCUAUUAAUAACCCAUAUUUCA